AUGUCAGCUGAAGCUGCACAGGCAGCAGCAAAUCACCGUGAGCAGCAGCAGCAGCUGCAGCAGCAGCAGCGGCAGUUGUCUUUGGCUUUAAGUCAACGUGAGGAGGAGGUGCAGCAGCUUCUAUCUGAGCGGAAGUCUCUGCAGCAGCAGCUGCAGCAGCAGCAGCGGGCCCUGCGUGGGGCCCGGCGGCAGGGGCGCCAGGCAGCAGCAGCAGCAGCAGCAGCAGCAGAAGAUGCUGUGUUUCAGCGGCUCUCUGAAUGGAGAGAUUCCUUAGUCCGUACAACAGUGGAAGCAGCACAGAGUUGCUGCAGUGACUUUUGCUGCAGCAGCAGCACCACCGCGAGCAGCUGCAGCAAGCGCAGCAGCAGCAGCAGCAGCAGAAACAGCAGCAGCAGCAGCAGCAGCAGACACUGGAAAAGAUGCAGCAAACGAGUUGCUGCUGCACAGCGGCGACGCCGCGAGGUCUUGGGUUUAGUGCAGCGGCUAGCAGCAGCAGAAGUAGCAGUGAAGGAGUUAGCUGCUAUCAUUGAAGAGGCAGCAGCAGCAGCAGCUCACGCCUCCCCUCCUCCCCACACAGACAUGCAGCAGCAGCUGCAGCUGCAGCUGCAGCAGCAGCAACAGCAGCAGCAGCAGCAGCCGCAGCAGCAGCAACACCUCCUGAGAACCAAGAGUGGCAUGGCUUUGCAGCAGCAGCAGCAACAGCAGCAGCAUCAGCAGCUACUUGCUGCAUAUGCAGCGCAGCAGCAGCAGCUGCAGCAGGCCCUAGGGGCCCUCAGACGCUCCGCCUUGGAGGCCGACCGCCUCCAUAACAAUUUGCUGCUGCAGCAGCAGCUGCGGCUGCUGCAGGAGGAGACAACACUGAAGCAGCAGACAGCAGCAACAGAGGCAGAAGAACUCAAACACAAAGUGGCCAGGCUGCAGGAAGCUGCCAUUCUGGAUCGGCAGCAGUGGCAGCAGGAGUUGCUGCUGCUGCAGCAAACAUAUUCAUCAGCCUUGCUGCAGCGCGUUGCUGCUCAGAAGCGGGGGAAGCAGAGGGCAUUGGCGGCAGCAGCAGCAACCCAGCAGCAGCUGCAGCAGCAGCUGCAGCAGCAGGAGGCAGCAGCACGCGAGCUGCAGCAGCAAGUGGUGCUGCUGCAGCGGAAAGCAGCAAACCAAGGCAGCAGCAGCGAGCAGCUGCUGCAGGCGUUGGCUGCAAUUAAAGAAAUCGAAGCAGAGAAAACACAAACAGAGAGCAGCAGCAGCAGCAACAACACAGCAGCAGAUGCCCCCGGCCCGUCUUCUUGCAGCGGCUCUGUUGAGCGGCUGUUCUCUCUUCUUACUGACCUUUGUCUUCGCCUCGCAUUUCUGGAGAAAAAACAAAGUGCGGCGCUGCAGCCCUUGUCAGUGCAGCAGCAGCAGCAGCAACAGCAGCAGCAGCAGCAGCAGCAGCAACAGGAGCAGCAACAGCAACAGGAGCAGCAACAGCGGCAGGAGCAGCAGCAACUCCUACAACAAACGCAGCCAUCCGAAGACUCUCUCAUUGCCUACCGGCUGCUCUUGGGGGCUUUGCUGCAGCACAUGCAGCGGCAGCAGCUGCUGCUGCAGCAACUGGCGCAGCAGCAGCAGCAGCAGCAGCAGCAACUCCCGCACCAGGACCCGCAGCAGCAAGGGGAAAGCUUAAUCACAACAAUAACGCCCAAAGCCGCUGCCCCUGCUGCUGCUGCUGCUGCUGCUGCUGUUGAAGCUGAUGCAGCAGCAGCUUCUGCUGCUCCUGCUGCUUCUGGGUUAGGCGUUGAGGUCCUUUGGCUGUUUCUCUCUGCAGCAAACUCAGGCGCGAACUGCAGCAAGUGUGCUGCACAAGGCUUUGUCUCUGCUGCUGUUGCUGCUGCUGCGGGUCAUCAGCAGCAACUCGAUGAAGCAGCAAGAGAGGAAGCUGUGGCGCUGCUGCAGCAGACACAAAACAUUGGCGGCCUGCUGCUGUAUAUUGUUGCAGCGCAGCAGCAAAUUGCGGCGCUGCUGCAAACAGCCACAGGAAGCGCGUCAGACGGCCCUCCGCCCCUCAGCGCACCCCCUGCUGCUGCUGCUGCUGCUGCUGCUGCUGGGAGAGCAGCUGAGAAACUGUCAGUAGAAGGAGGAGAAGCAGCAGCAGCAACAACAGCAGCAGCAGCAGCAGCAGAAGGUACAGCGGGUCUGACAAGAGAUGCAUGGGAAUGCUGGGUGCUGCUGCGGGAGGUGCACCGGUCGGCAGCAGCAGCAGCAGCAGCAGCAGCAGCAGCACAUGCGCAUGCACAAGCUUUCCGUUCAUCGCUAUAUGAGACUGUUGCUGCUUCGCUUGGGCGAGCUGAAGAGACAAACGCCAAAGCAGCAGCAGCAGCAGCAGCGGCAACUGCAGCAGCAGCAUCGCUGCUACCUCUUCCAGUAGCAGCCCCAACAACAACAGCGCCAGCAGCAGCAGAAGCAGCAGCAGCAGCAGCAGCAGCAGCUCAACCGAAGCCGCUGCUGAAAGGCGGCCGCCGGGGUCAAUGCAGUAGAGGGCCCCACCCUAACCCCCAACGCAGCUGUGCUGCUGCUGCUGCUGCUGUUUCCCACUGCAGCGCAGCAGCAGCAGCAACAGCAGCAGAGGCAGAAACAGCAGCGGGGGCAACAGAAACCGCAGCAGGUCCCGAAGCAGCAGCAGCUGCUGCUGCUGCUACUGUUGCUGCUUCGUCAUCAGUUCCUGCUGCAGCAAACGGAGCUACUGCUGCAGUGCUGCAGACAGCUUUGGGGGGAUUUCAAUAUAAUAAAACACUUAACUCCGUAGAAAACAAAAACACAGAAGUGCAGCAGAACAGCUGCAGCAGCAGCAGCAGCAGCAGCAACAGCAGCAGCAGCAGCAGCAGAAUGAAGGAUGAUGGCCCCAGCGGUCCUCUCUCAACCCUCACAGGCUACUCGUUGCAUCUACACCAGCAGCAGCAAAUACUGCAGCAGCAGCAGCAAAUGCUGCAGCAGCAGCAGCAAACACUGCAACAACUGCAACCAGCGCAGCAAAUGCAUGCAUGCCCGCUGCAGAUGGGGCCGCAGCAGCAGCAGCAGCAACAUCUCCUGUUACAACAGCAACUACAGCAGCAGCUGUUGCAGCAGCAGCAGCAACACCCAGAGAUGCAGCAGCUGCAGCAGCUGCAGCGGCUGCAGCAACUGCAAGGCCAGCAGCAGCUGUUAUACCCGCAGGAGCAGCAACAGCAACUGGGUGAAGGUCUUUGCAGCGAGUCACAGAGCGCAGCAUCUCCAGCAGCAACGCCAGCAGCAGCAGCAGCAGCAGCAGCAGCGGCAGCAGCAGCAGCAGCAGCAGGGACAAGAACGCAUGCGCCGUCAACAGCAUUCGCUCAGUAUGGCGGCUUUGGCGGAAACAAUUGCUGCAUGCGGGAGGCCCCCUGUGUAUCGAUGUUUAAUGUUGCUGCAGCACAGCAGCAACAGCAGCAGCAGCAGCAGCAGCAACAGCAACAGCAGCUGCUGCAGCGACAGCUUCUUGCUGCAGCAGCUGAUGCUGGCACCCAGCAGCAGCAGGUUCUGUGGGCACAGCCCAGCUGCACCUUCUCAUCGAAGAAGCAGCAAAUGCAGCAGCAGAUGCAGCACCGACUGCAACUGCAGCAGAAGAUACAGCAGCAGAUGCAGCAGCUGCAGCAACAGCAGCACGAGCACCCUAACCCCUUUCAGCAGCUGAAUGUGCCGCUUCCACAUGAAGCACAUGAGCAGCCAAGGCAGGGCCAGCAGCAGCAGCAACAGCAGCAGCAGCAGCAGCAGCAGCAACAGCAGCAGCCGCAAUCAAAUGCUUCCAUCGCAGAGCAGCCAGCUGCGCUGCUGCUGUCUCCACCUCUGCAGCAGCAUAUUGCCCAGACGAAGCUUUCGGGGUUCCUCAUGAAGACUCUCUCAGCCGUAUCAAGCGAAAUAAUUUCCCUGCAGCAGCAGCAGCAGCACCAGCAGCAGCAACAGCAGCAAGAACGACAGCAGCAGCAGCAGCAGCAGCAGCAGGGAAGGUUUCCGUCGUCAGGAGGCCCUUGUGCUGACUGA